GAACCUUUUUUUGAGGGUUGGUAGACUUGUUCUCCUCUCCUUGUCGAAUUCCAAACUUUCUUUUUUUUUGUCCUUACGGUUUUUUAAGGAAUCGACAAGUUUGUUAAAAAAAAAUAAUUUUUUUUAUAAAUAAAUAAAUAAUAAGAUAUAUUUAUAAAGGACAUUUCGUUUUUCUUUACCGAUUCGACUAAUCACCUUUAACUCAAAAAAUGCCGCUUUCCCAACGUAAAUUAUCAUCAACCAACCAUCCUUUACCCGAAAAAAAUUUUGCCGAAGAAAUAGUUUCUUUGGUAGCUAACCUUGAUCCCGAAAAAUCUGAUGACGAAUUUGAUCCAAACGAAUCAUUAUUCUUUCCAAAAACUUGGGUUACAAAUACCAAGGUUUCUUUAACUUGUACUUUUUGGGAACUUCCCAGUUGGUUACAAGAUAAUAAAGAUAUCAUUCGAGGUUAUCGUCGUCCAACAUUUUCGUAUUUAAAGUGUGCACAAUCCUUAUUUUAUCUUCACAAUGAAAGUGUUAAUAUUUGGUCUCACCUUAUUGGUGCAUUGCUUUUUGCUACCUAUUCAUUCGCUACAUAUUUUUAUUUUGUAAAUUAUACAACUUUGAAUCAGGUGGAUUUAAUUGCAUUUUAUUGUUUUAUGGCUGGCGCAAUGAUUUGUCUCGGAUUGUCGUCAGCUUUUCAUACCCUUUGUUGCCAUUCGGAAAAGGUUUGUGCGAAUUGGAAUAGAUGCGAUUAUGUUGGUAUUGUUGCCUUGAUUUUUGGAUCUAUUUGCCCAAUAAUAUAUUAUGGAUUUUAUUGUCAUAAAAUCUGGAAAAUCGUUUACUUUUCAAUGAUAUUUAUAUUUGGAACUGCAACGAUUUCUGUAGCAGUUGCUCUUAGGUUUAGAAAACCAGAAUUUAGGUGGUUUAGGACCGGGUUAUUUAUCGCAUUAGGCGGAAGUACAUUUUUCCCAGUCCUGCAUGCCAUUAUAUUAUAUGGGGUUCAUUUAAGUUUUGAUGUUAUUGCUCUUAAGUCGUUAUUGAUAACAGGCGUACUAUACGUUGUUGGUGCAUUAAUUUACGGUGCAAGAAUACCUGAAAGAUUGUUUCCUGGAACAUUUGACAUAUGGGGAUCAUCUCAUCAAAUUUUUCAUUUCUUUGUUGUAACAGCAGCAUUAAAUCAUUAUUAUGGAAUUAUUCAUGUUAUGUCAUAUUGGCAUAGCGAAAAUUAUGAAUGUAAAUUAAAAAUUGAUGAGAUGAAACCCACUACGGCCGGGUUAUCAGGGUUAUUUAUUUUUAGUAAUUAGGUAGUAUUUUUUUUUUUUUUAAAAAAAAAAGAAUUAAUUAAUUUAAAAAAAUUAAAAUGUAUUGUAUUACAAAAAAAGAUAGAAUAAUAUUUUAUAG